AUGUUCAUUUGCCGUCGACUCGACGUGAAACGUGUGCAGGAGAAGAGAAGCGCGGACAUCAUAGCCGCCUUCCAGAAGAUGUUGCGGCCGUCGUCGCGGGUGCUGCGCGGCGGCCGUGUGCGCAGCAUGCCCUCCGAGGCGCUGGUCGUCGGGGACGUGGUGCACCUCGCCAUGGGCGACUGCGUGCCGGCCGACAUCCGCGUCGUGGAGAACACGGGCUGCAAGCUGGACUUCUCCACGCUGACCGGCGAGAGCGACCCCGUGGCCGUGACGACCGUGGCCACGGACAACGACCCGCACCGCUCGCUCAACAUGGCCUUCUUCUCCAACACGGUGGUGGAGGGGCUGGCCAAGGGCGUGGUGAUCCGCGCCGCGGCCGACUCCACGGUGGGGCGCAUCGCCGAGCUCACGGCCAAGAUCGAGCCGGGCGACACGGCGCUCGACAAGGACAUCAACUCGUUCCUGCGCGGAGUGGCCUACGUCUCGCUCGUGGCCAACAUCGUCAUCUUUGUGACUGCCAUGGCCCUCGGCUACACGUGGCUGGACAGCACCAUCUUCGUCCUGGGCAUGCUGGUGGCCACGAUCCCGGAGGGGCUGCCCCUCACCGUGUCCGUGUGCAUGUCGCUGGCCGCCAAGCGGAUGGCGGGCAGGAACUGCAUGGUCAAGGACAUGGAGGCCGUCGUCACGAUGGGCUUCACGUCCGUCAUCUGCUCCGACAAGACGGGCACGCUCACGCAGAACAAGAUGACGGUGGUGCGGCUGUGGUGGGAGGGCCGCGGGAUGCACGCCGCGGCCGCGGACCUGCCGGCGGCGGACAGCGACCCCGGCCUGGCCGCGCUCGUGCAGGUGGCGGCGCUCUGCAACCGCGCCCAGCUGACGACGGGAGGCCCGGGGCCCAACGGCAGCAAGGCCGUCGGCGACGCCUCGGAGGUGGCCAUCCUCAAGUUCACCGAGGCGCGCUUCGGGGGCGUCUACGAGACGAGGCAGCGCUACGCCAAGGUGUACGAGGAGCCCUUCAACUCCUCCAAGAAGUACCAGCUGUCGGUGCACGAGCUGCCCGGCGGGCGCCACCUGGUGGCCGUCAAGGGCGCCCCGGAGCGCGUCCUGGAGAUGUGCGACCGCGUACGCGUCAGGGGCAAGGAGGAGGCCCAAACUAUCACCCCCGAGCUCGCCGCCGAGGUGCACGACGCGUGCGAGAGCAUGGCCGAACAGGGCCAGCGGGUCCUCGCCUUCGCCAGGUCCACUACCGACGACAAGGCGUUCCCAAAGGGCUUCAAGUUCACGGCCAAGAACGUCCCCCGGAAGAACCUGGCGUUCGUCGGCCUCAUGGCCUUGGAGGACCCACCGCGCGAGACCGUCCCUGACGCCGUGGCCAAGUGCAGGCGCGCCGGGAUCAAGGUCGUCAUGAUCACCGGCGACCACCCCACCACGGCCAAGUCCAUCGCCAAGGAGGUGAGGCGGGGGGCGGGGCGGGCGGCAGCCGUAGGGUGUAGCAACCGCGGGGGCGCGGUGUGCUGUACAGGACGCACCUGCACGAGCAAUUUUACAGCACAUCUCUCUGACCGAACGGCCCGAUCGAGUAGGCAGCUCGCACGCACGCCUGGUUUGUCGAAUGGAUGCGAGGUGUCCGUUUGUCGUCCCCGUGCGCCCCCGGGCGCGGGCCAGGUAGGCAUCUUCUCGCCCGACCAGAAGAUCGCGUCCGACGUGGCCCGCGCCAAGAAGGUGCCCGUGGCCGAGGUCCGCGCCGAGGAGGCUGCCUGCCUCCUGAUGACCGGCCCGGAGAUCGUCGACUACACGAAGGAAAUGCUCGCCGCGCUUCUAAAUCGCUUCCCUGAGAUUGUCUUCGCUAGGACGUCACCCACGCAGAAGCUCCUGAUCGUCGAGAGCUUCCAGAGCCUCGGACACAUUGUGGCGGUGACUGGGGACGGCGUCAAUGACUCACCGGCCCUGAAGAAGGCGGACGUCGGUGUCGCCAUGGGCAUCACGGGCACGGACGUCUCGAAGGACGCCGCCGACAUGAUCCUGCUCGAUGACAACUUCUCCUCCAUCGUGGCGGCCGUGGAGCAGGGGCGGGUCGUGUCGGACAACCUGCAGAAGUCCAUCGCAUACGUGCUCACCUCCAACGCCCCCGAGAUCGUCCCAUUCAUCCUGCAAGUGGUGCUCGCCAUCCCGCUUCCGCUGAGCAUCGCUCUGGUGCUCAUCAUCGACGCCGUCACGGACCUCUGGCCCUCCAUCUCACUGGCCUACGAGCAGCCCGAGGAGAACGUGAUGCGUCGCGAGCCCCGGGACCCGUACACGCACCGCCUGGUGAGCGGGCGCCUGCUCGCCGCCGCCUACCUGCAGGUGGGCGGGGUGCAGGCCGCCGCCGCGCUCGUCUCCUACUACACCGUGUUCAUCGACAGCGGCUUCAGCCCCGCCUCGCUCAUACACGCCGGCCCCGACUGGGACGACCCCAGCGUCAUCAUCAAGGACGCGUUCGGGAGGGAGUGGACGGAGGAGCACCGCCGGGUGCUGCACCAGAUGGCGCAGACGGCCACGUUCCUGGCCAUCGUCUGGACGCAGAUCGCCGACCUGCUCAUGUGCCGCUGCCGGCGGGACUCGCUCCUGUCCAGGGGCUUCACCAACUGGCAGCUCAACUCGGCGAUCGCGUCGCAGAUCGCUCUGAUGUGCAUCGUGAUCUACGUGGAGGACGUCGGCUACUUCCUGCGCGUGCAGCCGCUGCCGCUGGUGUACUGGGUACCCGCCCUAGUCUUCAGCCUGCUCAUGCUGGGCACGGACGAGCUGCGUCGCCGGCACAUUCGGCGCCACCCGGGCGGCUGGGUGCAGAAGUACACGUACUACGACUAGCGCCGCUAGCGCACGGCAUCGCCCUUGGAGCCCCGGGGCGGCAGCAUCACCACCGUGGCUGAGCACACGUCUGGCGCAGCAGCCCAAGAUAACAGACUCCGCUGCGGCGAAAAGCCAAACGCUUUUGUUCCGGAUAAAGGCACCUGCUGUACUGAUGAAUUGGACGCGGCUCGACAACGCAGCAGUAGGGAGAAAU